AAAAUGGAAAAAGAAACAGCUUUUCAAGUUUUGUUUUUAGUUUGAAUGUGUUGAUAGGAGAAGAGAAAAUGGAGAGUUUGGUGAUGAGUGGGAAGAAGCUUUGUGUGAUGGUGUUAUGUUUGUACUGGGUUCAUGCAGUGACAGCUUCUGUUACAUAUGAUCACAAAGCAAUUGUUGUUAAUGGGCAGAGAAAGAUUCUGUUUUCUGGUUCUAUACACUACCCCAGAAGCACACCUCAGAUGUGGCCAGAGCUUAUUCAAAAAGCUAAAGAGGGAGGGGUGGAUGUUAUUCAAACCUAUGUGUUUUGGAAUGGUCAUGAACCUUCUCCAGGAAAAUAUUAUUUCGAGGAUAGGUACGACUUAGUUAAGUUCAUCAAGGUAGUGCAGCAAGCUGGACUUUAUGUUAAUCUCCGAAUUGGUCCCUAUGUAUGUUCUGAAUGGAACUUUGGGGGUUUUCCUGUUUGGCUAAAGUUUGUUCCAGGCAUUGCUUUCAGAACAGAUAAUGAGCCUUUCAAGGCAGCAAUGCAGAAGUUCACUGAGAAGAUUGUGAGUAUGAUGAAGGCUGAGAAUCUGUUUGAGACACAGGGGGGUCCAAUAAUUCUGUCACAGAUAGAGAAUGAGCUUGGACCAGUGGAAUGGGAAAUUGGUGAUCCUGCAAAAGCUUAUGCAAAAUGGGCAGCUAAAAUGGCUGUAGGUCUAGACACUGGUGUCCCUUGGAUUAUGUGCAAGCAAGAAGAUGCUCCUGACCCUGUUAUUGACACAUGCAAUGGAUAUUACUGUGAAAACUUCACUCCCAACAAGAACUACAAACCAAAAAUGUGGACAGAAAACUGGACAGGCUGGUGCACUUAUUUUGGUGGUGGAGUUAAUAUUAGACCAGCAGAAGACUUGGCAUUCUCAGUUGCUAGGUUCAUACAAAAUGGUGGUUCAUUUGUUAACUAUUAUAUGUAUCAUGGAGGAACUAACUUCGAGCGAACAUCUGGUGGCCCCUUCAUUACCACUAGCUAUGACUAUGAUGCUCCAAUUGAUGAAUAUGGACUUUUAAAUGAACCAAAAUGGGGACAUUUGAGAGAUUUGCACAAAGCAAUAAAGCUGUGUGAACCAGCUUUGAUAUCUGUAGAUCCAAAGGUGACAUCACUUGGAAAUAACCUCGAGGCACAUGUGUUCAAGACAGAUUCUGGUGCUUGUGCUGCAUUCCUUGCAAACUAUGACACCAAAUCUUCUGCAAAAGUUUCAUUUGGAAAUGAGCAAUAUGAACUACCACGUUGGUCCAUAAGCAUUCUUCCUGACUGCAAAACUGAAGUUUUCAACACUGCAAGGAUUGGUGCUCAAAGCUCCCAGAAGAAGAUGACUGUUGUAAAGAAUGCAUUUGAUUGGGAGUCAUACAUUGAAGAACCUGCGUCGUCCAGCGAAGAGGAUUCCAUCACAGCGAAUGCGCUUUGGGAGCAGAUCAACAUCACUAGAGAUUCUACAGAUUAUUUGUGGUACUUGACAGAUGUCAAUAUUGAUCCUAAUGAAGGUUUUAUUAAGAUUGGAAAAUGGCCUCUUCUUACAGUAAUGUCAGCAGGCCAUGCCUUACUAGUUUUCAUUAAUGGCCAACAUUCAGGAACUUCUUACGCCGGAGCCGACUUUCCUAAACUAACAUUUAAUCAAACUGUUAAUCUAAGGGCUGGCAACAACAAGAUUUCUUUACUUAGUAUUGCCGUCGGCCUCCCGCAUGUUGGCAUACACUUUGAGACAUGGAAUGUUGGGGUGUUAGGCCCUGUGACACUUGAGGGUGUAAAUGAAGGGACCAGAGAUUUGUCUCACCAGAAAUGGUCUUACAAGAUUGGUCUCAAGGGUGAAGCCUUAGGCCUUCAAACCGUGAGUGGGAGUGGCUCUGUUGAAUGGGCACAAGGAACCUUAUUGGCUAAGAAACAACCUUUGACAUGGUACAAGACGAAUUUUAACAAACCAGAAGGAAAUGAUCCAUUGGCUCUAGACAUGAUCAGCAUGGGAAAAGGUCAAGUAUGGAUAAAUGGCCGGAGCAUCGGCCGCCAUUGGCCAGGAUACAUAGCACACGGAAUUUGUUGGGAUUGCGACUAUGCCGGAUCUUACACUGACAAGAAAUGCAAAAAAAACUGUGGAGAACCUAGCCAGAGAUGGUACCAUGUUCCGAGGUCAUGGCUGAGUCUGAGUGGGAACUAUAUGGUUGUGUUUGAAGAAUGGGGAGGUGACCCUACUAGGAUUUCUUUGGUGAAAAGAACAACAGAUAGUGUGUGUGCUGAUAUAUAUGAAGAUCAACCAACUCUGAAGAACAGGGAGAAGCUGGAUUCUGGAAAUGUUAUUAGGCCAAAAGCACAUUUGUGGUGUCCUCCAGGAAAAAAGAUGUCACAGAUUAAGUUUGCUAGCUAUGGUUUGCCACAUGGAAGUUGUGGAAACUAUAGACAAGGAGAUUGUCAUGCUCACAAAUCAUAUGAUGCUCCUCAAAAGAACUGCAUUGGCAAACAAUCAUGCAUGGUAACCGUUGCUUCUGAAGUUUUUGGGGGAGACCCAUGUCCAGGAAUUGAUAAGAAGCUCUCAGUUGAGGCCAUAUGCAGAUAGGAACAGUCUCAGGAUCAGCAUUCAAAGUUGAAGCCCAACAAUUAAAUAGCUGAAUUGUAUAAAAAGGAUUCCUCUUUCUGACUCAUUGAGCCCAAACUGUUUCUAGUUUCAUGCUAAGGUCCUUUUGUUCUACACCAAUAAUAAUCAUCCACACCACACAAUCUUUUUUCUGAGAUACACAUUAAAGGGGUUUGGGGAUCUUUAUCUUUUAGACUAUAUCAGCUCUCACAUCAUCUUCUAUCCUCUUUGUGUUUCACAUGUUCCUUAACCUCACUAGGCCAUUGGUGAUGUGAGUAAACGUUUUUUCUUCCUUUCUUUUUUUCCCAAACUUUGAAAAUGUUUACAAAUGACAUACAGAUAGAUACAGUUACUUAUGACAUUUCAGUAUGUAGAUGAAUUGUGAAUUGAUAUACGAUACUUCACUUAAUUAGUGAAUUCAUGUAACUAUGAAAUAAGCCAGAGUUAUUGUACUGUAAAAUUCCAAUUCAAUUCAAAUUGAUUGAU